AUGCUUACGUUACCGCCGUACAUUCCCCCACCACAGGUUCCGGUGACAUCAGCCCCCCUUCCGACGACACGCGCUCCACCGGCAACUACGCUUGCUCCGUUUGUAUACCCGAUAGCAGCACGGACGACCGCGCCACCUGUCGCACCACCGGCCGCGCCACCUGCCGCACCACCGGCCGCACUUGCUCCGUUUGUAUACCCGAUAGCAGCACUGACGGCCGCGCCACCUGCCGCACCACCGGCCGCGCCACCUGCAGCACCACCGGCCGCACCACCGGCCGCACAACCGGCCGAACCGACAGCUGCUCCUCUCGCGCCGAGCCCCAGGCCAAACGCUGGUCGAAGGGGCCGUCCCCAGUAUCGCAACCAAGAGGUUGAAGUUGAGGUCCGCCGCAAGCGACAGGUUUAUUUUGACCCCUACACCUACCUUCACGGUGAGUGCAAGGGUGGCUGGGAGUUCGAUAUGGGCUGCAGUGUGAAAGGCGCAAACGUCUGCUGCUAUUCCUCCAGCAAUAGUUAUCGGAAAUAA